AAGCCCUUUUUCCUCUUCCUUCCUCCUCCCACCUUCUGUCAAGUCUCCACCUCGUCUCUUUUUAAGACCAUUCACUCAGACUUUCACUCAUCUUGCAGUGCUGUGCUGUGAAUAUAACACAUUGUUUGUUCCAGCAAAGAGGCCAAUGUAACUAAAAGCUGUCAUGGAAGAACUACGACAAAUUGAUCUGACAUACAUCACAGAGUGCAUCAUCAGCAUCAUCAGCCCUUCUACAUGUCCAGAGGAUCUCUACCUGAAGAAUCUGAGGAAGAUUAUCCCUAUGCUAGAGUCUAAGCAUGGGCACAACUAUAUGGUCAUUAACCUUUCUCAGAAGCACGAUGUUCUUACAAAAAUCACCCACAAGAUUUUCAACACAGGCUGGCUGGAUCUCUUAGCUCCCAGUUUGGAUCAAAUCUUUAAAGUGUGCACAGCAAUGGAGAACUGGCUCCAAGAUUAUCCAAAACACGUCCUAGUGUUACACUGUAGGGGAGAUAUGGGAAGGCUUGGAGUUCUCUUGGCAUCAUACAUCCACUUCAGCAACAUGUCUGCCAGUGCAGACCUCUCUCUGGACCACUUUGCCAUGAGGAAAUUCUACAAUGACAAGCUAUCUGCUCUGAUGACCCCCUCACAGAAACGGUAUGCUUGGAUGGUGGGAAGCAUACUAAAAGGAGGAUUGAGGAUGAACCCAUCUCCGUCUUUUCUGCUCUGUAUAGUUCUUUAUGGUCUUCCCAAAACAAGACCAGAUGAAGGAUGCUGCCUUUUCCUUAGAGUCUACCAAAGUCUGCAAGCAGUUUGCACAUCACCAGUGUAUCACGUUAAUGCUGCUCAGACAGAUCGGCUGUACAUCGUGCUUCAGCCAGCUCAGCUCCUCAAAGGGGACAUCAUGGUGGUGUGUUAUGAAAAAAACCUUCAAUCAGUGAGUCGCCAAGUUGUUUUCCGCCUCCAGUUUCACAUGGGCCUGGUGUUCGGACACUCCCUCUCUUUCUUCAAGGCGGACCUUGACUGUGCUGCUGAAGAUUCCCGUUUUCCAGAUGAUGGAAAAGUGGAGCUGCUGUUCUCAGAGAGCCCUGAAAAGAUCACAGGUAGAGAACAGUGGUUCAAUGGGCGCUGUGUGACAGUGGACUAUGACACGAUGGACCCAUUAGUCAGACGAGAUUCUUUCCAGGACUGGCCUCAUCAUGAAAUAAGCCCUCCUGAUGUGUCUGAAUCUGGAAAUAGAGAUUUGUACUCCAAAGUGAAGAAGAGCACCGAGGAAGGAGCUCUGUAUCCUCUGCCGUCUAUCAGCCCGAGCUGCAGCGACAGAGCGCCAUCAGCCAGCAGUGACUCUGGCCUCUCCGUUGCCUCACAGGGCCGGACUGGAGUCGGACCCAGAAGAGGAACCACGCAGGACAUUUGUAGCCAGGUUGAGAAGCUGAUUUUUGGGGCUGAGUCAGAACCAAUCCAGGCUCUUCUGGAGGUCAUGACUGAACUGGGUUCCUCUGGUGCUGGAGAUGGAAAGGUGACUGGAGAUGAGUCCAGACUGGGAGCCACCAUCAAUGGCGAUGUUUCAUCAAGCGAAAGGGAGACGGAUAUUCUUGAUGAUGAGGACGAAGGUUCUCCUUCACAGGCUCCAGACUCGAGCAGUGGUUUCUCACUUCCUUCUGAAAAUGUACCUGCAACUCAGAGACAAGCCCAAACAGAGUACUCCACUCACUCCUGGGUUCGACAGCAACAAAUGGUGGAUCCCAUCCCGGACCAGGGAACCAGCAAGUCGAAUAAAGAGAGACCAGCACCUCUGGAGCUUCCUGAAACACCGACACGAGGAUUAAGCAGCAGGGAAGCAGUGAAGAGAGGCCUCUUAGACCAGGACAACAGACAGCCUGAGAAUACUACUUCAUCCUGUCAGGAAGAUGAGCUGGCCUCCUUAUCUACAGACAUCGACGAGUCCAUUGAGCAGCUAAACAAGCUGAUUUUGGACUUAGACCCCACUUUUGUUCCGGUUCCCACUCGAUGCUCUCCUCUGUCCCGCUCGGCCUCUCUGCACACCAACGGCCUUAGCCACAAAGGACAAACCCAUCAGUCAGGGUGGAAACAGCAGAAACAUGUCAGCGACGUGGUGGACUAUAGUGGCCCUCAGAGUCCAGGAUGGAAAAGAGGUGGAGCUCAGAGCUUUAAAAGCUCCCCAGCCAACAGCCCCUCCUUCUCAAGUUCCCAGCAUGGUCAUCUCUACAAAACUAACAGUGUGGACUAUCGCGGACAAAUGAACAACUCUGACUUCAUCCCAACAACUCCAGCAUUCCCAGUGUCUCCCCAACGCCCUAUGGUAAGAAAUGAUCAUUUCUCUGAGUUUUCCCAGUUCAGUGCUGGCAGACAGUGGGACCAACACAGCUGGACACAAGAACCCAGAGGAUUCCUAGAUGCCAUGAACCACUCUGGUGGUUCCACAGAUGGAGAUGUGUUCCGAUCGGACGUUCCCGUCACACAGAGGAUAUUUGGCUCCAUGAGCUCAGUGUCAACUAGCAGCUCCCUCCAACACACAGACAGCUCCGCUUUGCCUCCUGUGUGGCACAGCCGGACACCAGACUCCUUGAACUCACCAUAUCCUCCCCAAUCUACACCCCCGCUACUUCUCAGCUCUCCUAAUGCUCACAGUUCCCCGCGGGGCGCUCAGAGGGGCCGGGGAGGGAGCUCAGGGGACCGCAGUGGAAUCGACAGCACAGACUUGUCCUCGUUGUUGUUAUUGGGAAAUGGUGGCCUGGAGCACAGCCUGCUGGAAGCCGUGGAGGGACUCGGGAAUCUGAAUCUUGGGGGAGAUGCAGGGAUUGCUCCCCUACUGCCGGAGAAGAGAAGAACAGGUGAGGGGGGAGAACUGGGCUCACGAUCCCCCUCUCUGAGCGGGUUCUCCAGCCCACGCAGCGGCAGCAGCCUCAGUAUCCCUCUGUCGUCGACCCUGGCCUCAGAUCCGUUCAGAGGACUCAGUGGGGCCUCCUCACCCGGAGCAGAUUCUGGCAGUAAGCAGGACACUGUGAAGUUUGUUCAAGACACGUCCAAGUUCUGGUACAAGCCCGACAUUUCCAGAGACCAAGCCAUUGCAGUGCUGAAGGACAAAGAGCCCGGUUCGUUCAUCGUCAGAGACAGCCAUUCAUUUCGCGGGGCGUAUGGACUGGCCAUGAAGGUGGCUACGCCUCCUCCCUCAGUGGUACACCACAGUAAAAAAGUGGGAGAUCUGUCCAGCGAGCUUGUGAGGCACUUCCUGAUUGAGUGUACACCUAAAGGAGUUCGUCUUAAAGGCUGCCCCAAUGAGCCCUACUUUGGAAGCCUCACCGCUCUGGUGUGUCAGCACUCCAUCACCCCUCUGGCUCUGCCCUGUAAACUCAUCCUGCCUGAUAGAGAUCCUUUAGAGGAGCUGAACGAUGCAUCGACACAGACAACAACAAACUCAGCAGCUGAACUUCUCAAACAGGGUGCAGCGUGUAACGUGUGGUUCCUGGGUUCUGUGGAGCUGGAGUCUUUGACGGGUCAGCAAGCGGUCCAGAAGGCAACCACACUGACACUCGCCAUGGACCCUCCACCUCCCUCCACUGUGGUCCACUUCAAAGUGUCGGCUCAGGGAAUAACGCUCACAGACAACCAGAGGAAGUUGUUCUUCAGGAGACACUACACUGUGAACACAGUUAUAUUCUGUUCACUGGACCCACAGGGAAGGAAGUGGACAAGAGACAGCAUCUCCACAGCCAAGAUUUUUGGAUUUGUUGCCAGAAAAUCUCAAAGUGAAACUGAAAAUGUAUGCCAUCUGUUUGCUGAGCAUGACCCUGAGCAACCAGCAAGUGCCAUCGUCAACUUUGUCUCAAAAGUCAUGAUUGGAUCUCACAAAAAGUGAUGGGACAAGGAGAUGAUCCACUGCAUAGAGAACCUGGGGCAAGGAUCAAAUCCCUGUUGUUGAGUUAUUUCACAAUUAUGGCUAAUUUGAAAAGCCCCAAAAAAACUUUUAUCGCCGUCACUCCACGCUGGAUUCUGUUGGUUCUUUCUGCAAAAUGAUUUAUGCCUGCACUGCAGGAUGCCUCCAGAGGAGGGAGCCAAGACUCUGAUAUCAUUGUUCUUGCAUUGUUGGGUAGACGCUUUACAAAGUAAAGUGUUGACGUGCCUUCCAGCUUUGAAAAAACACUGAAUAUGAAAGUAUAGGCAAGAUUUUCCAGACUUUUAAACUAUUUUAUAAUUUAAAGGAAUGAAAAUAUAUUUCUUAAAACUAACUUACUAAAAUUAUAUUAGUUUUUACAUUAAUGGAAUAAUAAAAGUGGGUGUAGUCAUCAAGUUGUCACUUUUUGCCUCAUCUUACUCAUCAGAUCCACAGUUUUACGUUUUCUGCCAUAUUGUAUUAUUUUUCUACAAUUUCAUGAAUAAUCUUUUGUCUCCUCAAAAGAUUUGUCAUUCUUAGCUACACAUAUUUUUAUUCAUCUUUAUUGUGUUCAAAACAUAUUUUUCCACAUGAAACUGCCACUCAGGGAAAACAAGAGAGAGAGAAAAACAUAAUUAUUUGAAUUAUAACUGAAAUAAAUUUUCAUGUCUUAACAAUUAUAAUAAACCUCCAAUUGCCAUACACACACACCCCCCCACACACACACCUAUAUAUAUAUAUAUAUAUAUAUAUAUAUAUAUAUAUGUAUAUGAUUGUAAAAACAUGAUAGUGAUAGCUCUAUGUUUCUUUUACCUGAGUGGCAGCUCCACACUUCUGUCCAAAUUAUCAGUGAAUAUUUAGACAACAAUGACAUAAAGAUCUAAGAUGAAAAAUUUUAAUCUGCAUUUCAAUUGUCAAGUUUCUUUAAGCUUUUUUAAAAUUAAAAACAAAGAUCUCUUAACCAAAAUGUGUUUUUUUUAAUCACACUGACAUUAAUUCUAUACAGUAGUGAAAAACAAAACAUAAUUUGUACCUCAGUUUGAGAGUUUUUGGCACAUAAACAGAUCUGCAGCUCUAACCACAACUUUCUAGUAACCACAGGACAAUUCAUUUCAAUCAAAAUGAAUAACAACCGACAUCAGAAAAGCAACAGUGUGGUUGUACUUAAGAUGUAUUCUGUAUUGCAAUUGUCAUCCUUCAUUAAAGAUGUUUAAUAAUCUUUUUGCCAUGCUGUUUUGUGUAUUAACACAUACUGUACAUUAGGGUUUCAUAUGACUGUCACUUUUUUAUUGUUCUGCUAUAUGUUUGUACUAUAUAUCCUAAUAUCUAAAUACAAGUUUGUUUUAUUCCCUUUU